GCGCAGAAAGACUGCAGUCGUCCUAGAGGAAGUGGGCUCUAAAUCUUGCGCAGGCGCAUUAGGUCCUGGUCGCUAUGAGGGUUCUUGUGGGUGGCGGAACAGGCUUCAUUGGGACAGCCCUAACCCAGCUGCUGAAGGCCAGGGGCCACAAAGUGACGUUGGUCUCCCGAAAGCCAGGGCCCGGUCGGAUCACGUGGGAUGAGCUGGCUACGUCGGGGCUGCCCCGCUGCGAUGCCGCCGUCAAUCUGGCGGGAGAGAACAUCCUCAACCCUCUCCGCAGGUGGAAUGAAGCCUUCCAAAAAGAGGUUCUCAGCAGCCGCGUGGAGACCACCCAAAUGCUGGCUAGAGCCAUUGCCAAGGCCCCACAAUCCCCCCAGGCCUGGGUCUUAGUCACAGGUGUAGCUUACUACCAGCCCAGCCUGACUGCCGAGUACGAUGAGGACAGCCCAGGAGGGAAUUUUGACUUUUUCUCCAAACUUGUAACCAAAUGGGAAGCUGCAGCGAGGCUUCCUGGAGAUUCUACACGCCAAGUGGUGGUGCGCUCCGGGGUUGUGCUGGGCCGUGGAGGCGGUGCCAUUGGUCACAUGCUGCUGCCCUUCCGCCUGGGCCUGGGGGGCCCCAUCGGCUCAGGCCACCAGUUCUUCCCCUGGAUUCACAUCAGAGACUUGGCGGGAAUCCUAGCCCACGCCCUUGAAGCAAGCCACGUGCAAGGGGUCCUGAACGGAGUGGCUCCAGCCUCCUCCACUACCAACGCUGAGUUUGCCCGGGCCUUGGGCGCAGCCCUGGGCCGCCCAGCCUUCAUCCCUCUCCCCAGCACUGUGGUACAAGCUGUCUUUGGGCGAGAACGUGCCGUCAUGCUGCUGGAGGGCCAGAAGGUGGUCCCAAGGCGGACACUGGCUGCUGGCUACCAGUAUUCCUUCCCAGAGCUGGGGGCCGCCUUGAAGGAAGUCAUAGCCUAGGUGGGGGAGGCUCAAGGAAGGGCCUGAGGCCUGUCCCUCAGCGGGGGCUUCCUAAAGAGAAACUAUGAGCUCAGGUUCUCCUCUGCUUGAAACCUGAAACCAUCUGGUUCUUAGGGAGUCCGCUUUCUCAUUGUCCUGUUGCCUCACCUUAUUUAACUGAGAGACUGUCCGCUGUUUCAAGGUUGCAGUCUCAUCAAGUUGGGACCUUAACCUCUUCAACUGCUCCUAAAUAAAUUCCCAAGUUAGGUUUCCCUGCAUGUCCUGUUCCUGGCCCAUUUCUCCUUUUUGCUGUGUAGAGAAUGUUCCGCAGUUUAGGCAAUAAAUUAUCUCACUAGCUUCAGCUCAUCUCUUUGGCCUGGGUUCUGAAAUUUAUUUCAAGGAGUGCCAUCCUAGAAGACCCUUUACUUUACAUGGGGUUUUGAAAGUUAUAAUGUGCAACAUCUCCCUUCUUGGUCCCGCCAUUGCCAAAAGAGCUGGCAACGAAUUUGAGGCACGAGGUUAUGACAAAGGUAGAGGCAAGAAGAAUGGUGAUCCAUUUCCAGUGGGCUCUGUGGUCACCCUGCAUACUUGUUUCACGCAGUGCCAUUAGGAUGCCAGCAGAGGAAGGGACAAGGUCCAAGUCCAGGACAGCCUUCAGUCUGUCACUGAACAGCAGUGAACUGAUAAAGCAAUC